CGUAUCUAAAUUUCAAAAGUGACAAGCAAAAAUCAACAAAAAAUAAUUCAAUACCAAAAAUUUAAUUCGAAAUAAGUGGAAAUUGAUUUAUGAUUUUUAUUUUCUCUUUUUGCCAAGGGCGCAAAAAUGCGUAAACUUCUCGUUCUCGAAAUUUCGCGCAUCGAUCCGUCUCUGAUCUUCGUUGCGCGUUGCUACACUGCGCAAUUUUAAGAACCAUUUGUUGGCCGGCCUGGUUGGAGCAAGAUUUUUUUAUUGUUGGAAGCCAUUAGCCACUUGCUCUAGAUAUUUACUGCAAUCAUGCAGUACAACAGCGUUUACCACAAUAACACAAUGUUCAGAUCCAGACCAGAUCGUGCUGGUGAACAACAACAACAACAACAACAACAACAGCAGCAGCAGCAACAACAACAACAACAGCAACAUUAUAACAAACAGUCAAACUACUGGUGUGGACCUCCUCAACACGCCAUGGCCGCUGUACAAGAUUUUGGUGGUCCAAAACAAUACAAACGAAAACCUAUGAUGAUGAAACCUCAAGAUAACAACAUUGAACUAGCGGUGCCUAUGUGGCAAGAACAAGAACUCAAACCAUUCAGGAAAAACUUCUAUGAACCUCAUCAUUCCACUUUGUCGAGGUCGGCAACAGAUAUUGAAAAUUACAGAUCUCGAAUGGAUAUUAUUGUCAGAGGUGACAAUAUUCCCCAUCCGAACUUCUGUUUUGAGGAGGGAAGCUUUCCUGAAUACAUCAUGCAGAUUCUUUUGAAGCAAGGAUUUAAUGAACCCACUGCUAUUCAGUCGCAAGGUUGGCCAGUAGUUCUUUCUGGUAGAGACCUGGUCGGCAUUGCCCAAACGGGUUCAGGUAAAACCCUGGCCUACAUGAUCCCCGCCGCAGUACAUAUCAACAAUCAACAGAGACCACAACGUGGGGAGGGCCCCAUAGCUUUGAUACUUGCUCCAACUAGGGAGCUGGCACAACAAAUUCAAAAAGUAGCUCACGAUUUUGGUUCUAAUACCAUGAUUCGUAAUACUUGUAUUUUUGGAGGUUCCCCGAAAGGGCCCCAAGCUAGGGAUCUAGAAAGAGGAGUCGAAAUUGUAAUUGCCACUCCUGGAAGACUGAUUGAUUUCUUAGAAAAAGGAACCACGAACUUGGCGAAAUGCACUUACUUGGUACUAGAUGAAGCCGACAGGAUGUUAGAUAUGGGUUUCGAACCCCAGAUUAGAAAAAUUAUUCAACAAAUUAGACCAGAUAGGCAGGUCUUGAUGUGGUCUGCUACCUGGCCCAAACAAGUUCAGGCUUUAGCAGAAGAAUUUUUGGAAAAUUAUGUACAAGUUAACGUUGGAGGCCUAUCUCUAUCAGCGAAUCACAACAUAAAACAAAUUGUUGAUGUAUGUGAUGAAUCCGAAAAAGAAGACAAACUCAUAAAGCUCCUUAAAGAAUGUUGCAGUGACAGACAAAAUAAAGUAAUAAUUUUCGUAGAAACAAAGAAAAAAGUGGACGAUAUUACGAAAGUAGUUAAGAGGGAAGGCUUUGCCGCAAUUUCUAUACACGGAGAUAAAUCCCAACCUGAACGUGAUUACGUAUUAAACGAAUUCCGUUCAGGAAAAUCGUAUAUUUUAGUAGCGACAGACGUAGCAGCCCGAGGUCUAGAUGUCGAAGACGUAAAAUUCGUAAUCAAUUUUGAUUAUCCCAAUUCCAGCGAAGAUUAUGUUCAUCGGAUCGGCAGAACGGGACGUUGUCAACAAGCGGGAACUGCAUACGCUUUCUUUACAUCCAAUAACCAAAGGCAAGCCAAAGAUCUAGUCGCUGUCUUAGAAGAAGCUGGUCAAGUAGUGAAUCCUCAACUCAUGGAACUCGCCCAGCAAGCUAAGAACACCCAAGGUAGCAAGAAUCGUUGGCAGAACCGCAGCAAGGACAAUUCGUCACCCAGUAGUCAAAAUUCGGCAGGAAAAGUCAAAACUUGGACGAAUCCGAAGGUGUUCACCAAUGGUGGCGAGUUUAAGCCCAACAAUGGAUAUAAGAAUAACAAUGGACAAAGAAAUGAUGGUAUGCAGAGAAACCAGAGGAAUAAUUACAAUAAUGGCUUCUCCCAAUAUCAGAGUGGUCAGGUUUAUCAACCGUCUUAUAGCCCCAAUAACAUGUAUCAGCAGCAGAUGAAUGGUAGUGGGACACAAAGGAACUAUGGAAACAAUUCCCGAUCGUAUGGCAACCAACGUUAUGAACGCCAGUCGUACCAACCAGCUCAAACUAACAUGUACCACGCCUUACCCCCACAAUACAUGAUGCAAUCAGCGGCGACUGACGGCAUGCAGUCCAUCAUCAACCACAAAUUCUUCCAAAGCAGAGGCCUACCGGGCGCCACCAAUCCGUGCGCGUACCAGUCCGUUGGACAAGGACAGCAAACUACUGCCUAUAAUCAGUACCAAGCCGCAGUACCGUACACCUAUCAGUACACGCAGCCACCUACUGCCGCGGUGCAGCAAUAAGUGGCAUUUCCUUUCUUUUUUGCUUAAAUUUUUAUAUUAUAGUAAUAUUUAAUACUAGCACGUCGGAAGUCUCUCUUCUCUCUUUAUAUACAUUUUUUUCUAUCUCAAAAUCGUUGUCUUCGAUUUGCAAAAAGCGUGCUUUUGUCACACUCUGCCUUAUUGAUAUAUUUCAUUAUUUUUUGUUUUGUUUCUUUAAUUACCAUAACAAAUUUGAUAGUCAAAAAAUUUUGAUAUGUUAUUUGUAAUCUUGUGGUAAGUUAAAGGCUUUUGUUUUUAACGAUUUUCAUAGUAUAAUUUUCUUCUUUUAAUUUUUUUUUUUUUAUUAUUUAUAUUGGUACGGGGUAGAGUGUGAUGAAUGAAGAAAUUCAGGGUGAUAUUUUUUUAAUAGACUUGAUUUCUACGAUUUCAAUCAAUUAAUUAGAAAGUAAAUAAAAAUUAUAUGGAAAAAAAAAUCUUAAUAAGCCAAUUUGUGAUAACUUUUGUUAUUAAUAUAGAUAGGACCGACCAAAAAUUUAAGAGAAAGCAUAUUUUACUGAUUAAAAAUAUUUGUUUUUAAGUCAGCAGUGAUGUCUUAUGUAAGUUUGUUCAAGUACUUUCUCUUUAGAAAAAAAAUUGGCGUUUAAGAGUGCUAAUAAAUCUCGGGGUAGUUUGUAAAAUUGCCAAUAAUAUGCAUCGAAUGAUGAAUUUUCGUUCGUAAGUCUUUUUAAUUAUUAAUAUACUGAGCGUCCCUGUGAAAAAUAUAUAUAGGUGGACCGAAUUUAAUUCUCUUAUAAAGGGAGUUUGUAAAUUAGUGAAAAAGUUGGAUAUUUUAGAGACUAAAUUAACUUGUUCUUAUAAAUUUACGUUUCUACUUAGAUAUCUUAUUAAUUAUUUUUGUAUUUUCUACAAUGGAAUGGUUAAAUUAGUCUAAAAUGCACAAUAUUUUCCCUCCAUUUAAAUUUGUUAGUUUAGGAUAAUUAAAUCCGGAGUCACCCUGUAUUACAAAAUCGAUUAGUAUUUUAAAGAAAUGCAACAUAAACGUUUAGUAUUUUAUAAAAAAUAUUUGAUUUUGCGGGGACCUUUGGUGUAGGAAUCGAAAUCAUAGCCGACGUGGUGGUAUAUUUCCAUUCAGUGUUCUAGUUCUAUUGUUCCCUUGAAACCCUUGAAGAGGCUCUCCGUCUAGCUGUUUGUUUGCUGCUACGGUGACGACAUUAUGCCAUCUCCCCCCUCAGGUGAUGUUGGGGCCGUUCAGCAGUUGAUGUCAUAACUUUUAAGUCGGGAUUUCGUCAAUACCAGCCGCAAAUAAAAAAAUGUUUAUCAUAACAGAUUUACUGUAUCGUUUAAAUAGUAUCAUUAACAGCAAUCUGAAAUCGUUAACAGAUUUAACUUUAAUCGUCUGUAGUACGAAUGAAUCUACUUAAAGCAAUAUUUUAAAUUUACUUAAAUAAUAUUUCAAUUAUUAUAUUUUUUUUGCUUAUAAUUAAUAGUUGAUUGAAAACUGUAAAGGAAUUGACUUUACUACUGUUGUACUUGGAAAAAUAGACUUGUUUUUCACAAAUUUUUCAUACGCACCGUUAAAAUUUGCAAUUAUAAAAAAAGUUAAGUGAAUUUUAAACCAUACUAUUAUGGCUUAAAAACUUAAAUCUUCAUAUCUAACUAUUAACUUUUAUUUCAUGGUACAUUUCAAUAACCUAAAUCUUCAUACUCUCUCUAUAUAUGUCAAAAUAAUGUAUGUUUCAUGGCACACAUUGAUGAUUUAAAUCUUUGAAGAAAUGUUAUAUCAUGGUACACUUUGAUUACUUAAAUUCUUUUACCCCCAUUGGUGCAUAAGUGCAAUAGAGCUGCAAAACUGUCAAAGUUUUUAGCUGAGAAUAAGUUCAGAGCGGACCAGUGGAAGACUUGCUCGCCAUGGUCAUAUCCAUCUCUUAGCUGGGCUUCGGGACGGUAUGUGCACCUUGGGUGCAUUUUUGCCAGAUCAGCGUAACUAUAGUAUGUCGCAUGAGUGAUUCGCUUUGCGGUUUUGAAGAUUAUUAGUUUGUGUUAAUUUGGUAGCACACGUUUUCAUUGUAGUGCAAGACAUGGAUGUGAUUUAUGAGUUAAUAAAUGAAAAUUUAUAAAAGUUUAGUCCAGGCAAAAAUUAUAAAAGACAAUUUAAUAAAGACAUCAUUGAGUGUAUGGAAGAUAUAGAAAAAGAUGUUUUAAACAAAACUGCAGUGCAGGUUCUAUUCGCCAUACAUUACAUGACUCAGUUUUUGUUUUGGUUAACUUUUUUCACCAUGUCGUGCCCCACGUAGACAUCCUUUUUAAUCAACUGCAGCAACUGAAAAUAGAGCCUACAUAAGUAAAAGAUGCCAUUGACAAUUUAAAAAAUAUAUAUAUAUAUUGUUCAUGUUAGAAAUACUAUUGACGAUAUUAUUAACAAAACCAUACAUAUUUGUACCAACUUACCAGAAAAUAAACUAAAAUGUCUUUGCAAUAGUCAAUUUGAACAUCGUGUUUCUGCAUUGGAAGCGACGUCAUUAUAAAUUGGUGCAAAAGAUCGAUUUAAGUUUAAAAAUCAUCUUGAAUUCUGCAAUAACUUUCCUGAAGCCCAAUUAAAUACAUGUAUUUGAAAAGACCUUACUGAAAACUGUGGUAUCUAUUAUUUAUUUGAGAAAUGAUUGUAGAAAUGUAAAUGGUGCAUUACAAUUAAGAAACUGUGCUUUCUAUGCCAUCCAUAGAAAAUAAAUUCGUGUCGGAAAUAGAAAACUUCAAUGAAAGAGAGAUUGAUAAGUUUGCUGCUAAAGAGGACCACAGAAUAGAAUUAAUUUAUAAAAAGUAAAUAAAAGCUGUAAAAUAAUAAUAUUGCACCCAAUGUCUUUAAUCACAGGCCGUCACUGCUAUCCUUCAUGUAUCUAUCAAACUAAGUAACGAAGUUUUUUCAUGGUACACUUUGAUUACUUGAAUCUUUAUGCGGUUUGCAGAUUUUUUCGGUGCUGUCACAUGAAAAUUGUCAUUUAAGGUCAGUACCUUCGCCAGUUUAUCGAUUUAAAUGGAAAUUAAUUUCCUAUAUUUUUUCAUUUAACGGAAGCCGAUAUUGGCUGUAGCAAUUCUGGUGUUGGCGAGAUCCGCAAAAUUAGUAUAUACUCUGUGUGAGUUGUUAGUUUCUAGUAAACAGUAAAUGUCUGUAUGCUGUUGAAAUGCACGAAACAUAUAGAAGGGGAGUUUUGGGCUUAUUUCGUUAAGAGUAUUUUAUACAAUAUUGAUGCUAUUUUGAAGUAUCAUCCUAUCUAGUUGAUAAAUAAAAAAGUAAUAGUUGAAAAGCAGUCAAAACUUUAUAUUUCUGUAUUUAAUAGGAUUGUGAUAUUAUUCCUAGGGACAGUACAUACUUUUAUUGACUUUGGGGAAUUAGCGAUCUGCUAAUUAUCCGGGAAUGGUAGAAUCAAAACUAUGGAAGACGGUUAUAUUUAGUUUAUAAAAGCUACAGGGUAUAAGAAGUUAUAUGUUUUUAUGGGUCGAUCGGAGUCGAAUUGUCAUCGAAUAUUAAGCAAUUUGUUCAUAUUUAUUUUAACUUAAAACCGUUACUGCAGUUCCCAGCAAGUUGAACGCUUAUAUUUCAAUACUGAAUGAAACUGAUAAAUGUUCAACGCUUUGGCGAAUGCGGUGAUAUAUUUCUUGUCCGUUUUUCGAUUUGGGUAGAUCCAAGAGUUUACUUUUCGCUGUGAACGCUAACAAAAAAGCCGAAGACUAACAUUUCGGAUUUUAUUGUCCCAGAAUGUUUAUAGAAAAUAUUUUUAUUUAUUCGAAAAAUUUUGUAUUUGUUAAAUGCAAUAGAAAAAAAAAAAGGUUGCUGAAAAGCAAAAUAAUAGCUUUGAAGUAUGGAUGUUUGACUGUGUUGAUCAGCCGGAGUGAGAGUUCUUAAGAAUUUUUACAGAGUAAGCGUUGGGUGCUAGUGACUCUUAAUCGAAUUUUUUGAUUUUUAUAUUACGGAUCUUGACAUGACUGCUUGUGUCGUGUAAAUAUUUGUAGUAUUAAGUAUUUAACUCGUUCGUCGUUUUAGCGUGGUGCUAAAAAGCGCUCACGUCCAUCUGUGAUAAUAUUUUAGCGUGUAACGGUAGCAAAAGAAUAAUAUUAACUUUUCCGAAUCGGGAGAAGCGCCCCCCAUCCCCCGUGUGCGUCAGAGUUUAAAAUGCAAUGUAUUUUCUUACAUACAUUGGAAGGAUUGUGAUAUUUUCUAUUUAAGACUGAAAUAUAUAUUUUUUUUAUACUGGCCGUAGUUCCAGCCUCUAUGAAAAAACCUCAAACUUAAAGAAAACAAUUUUUUAGGUCGUGUUUUUGUUCUUUUUUUUUAUUAGAAAAAAAAAACCGUAGCAGAGCGAUUCUCUGAAAUCGGACAGAGUGCAAAUCAUACUAAAAAAAUAAUAAAUGAAAUAGAAACCGCGGUAGCUUCUUUGUAAAACAUUUUCUUAAAUAAGUUUAGGAAAAUAUUGAAUUUGAAUAUUUAUAAAAAUAUAGUAGAUUACACAAGUUUUAAAAAACGUAAAAUUGCAUCAUACAUUUCAACUAAUGAAAAGCCCUUCAAGUAUAACAUUUAUUCAAAACUCUAGCUCGGCUAUAUUUAAUAAUUAACACUUAUGAAAAAUCUUUUAACUGUGACAUUUGUUGUUAGAAGUUAAGUUCUAAAGAAUUUUAAUCAGAAACCUAGCUCACAAACUAUAUUUAAUAAUUAAAACUAAUGAAAAACAUUUUAUUGUGACAUUUGUUCAUAAGAAUUUAAAAAUAAAUAUUACAGCACCAUUCAAUUCAUUUAAUGAAAAAAAAUGUGAUAUUUAAGUGUUUUAAAGAAUUAAAUCACAAAAUUAGAUCAGUCAUAUUUAUUAAUUCACACUAAUUAAAAAUCUUUUUAAUUGUGACAUUUGUUGACAAGAAUUUAAGUUCUAACGAAUUGAACCAGAAAACUAGCUCACAACCAUAUUUAAUAAUUAACAUUAAUAAAAAAUUACUGUGACAUUUGUUCACAAGAAUUUAAAAAUAAAUAUUACAGCACCAUUCAAUUCAUUUAAUGAAAAAAAAUGUGAUAUUUAAGUGUUUUAAAGAAUUAAAUCACAAAAUUAGAUCAGUCAUAUUUAUUAAUUCACACUAAUUAAAAAUCUUUUAAUUGUGACAUUUGUUGACAAGAAUUUAAGUUCUAACGAAUUGAACCAGAAAACUAGCUCACAACCAUAUUUAAUAAUUAACAUUAAUAAAAAAUUACUGUGACAUUUGUUCACAAGAAUUUAAAAAUAAAUGUCACAGCAUCAUUUAAUUCACUUUUAUGAAAAUAAUGUGACAUUUAAGUAUGUUAAAGAAUUGAAUCCGAAAAUUAGAUCAAGAAUUGAAUCAGAAAACUAGUUUACAGCCAUAUUUAAUACUUCAGACUAAUGAAAAACUUUUUAAUUCUGACAUUUUUCCUCGAAUUUACAAACAUGUUGAAGAACCAUUUAAUAAUUCACACUAAUCAAAAAUAUUUUAAUUGUGACAUUUGUUGAAAAUAAUUUAGUUCUAAAGAAUUGAAUCAGAAUACUCGCUCACAGUCAUGUUUAAUAAUUCAGACUAAUGAAAAAUCUUUUAAUUGUAACAUUUGUUCACGAAUUUAAAAAUAAAUGUUACAGAACCAUUUAAUAAUUCACACUAAUGAAAAAUCUUUUAAUUGUGACAUUCGUUGACAAGAAUUUAAAAAGAAAUGUUACAGAACCUUUUAAUAAUUCACAAAAAUGAAAAAUGUGCCAUUUAAGUUCUAUAUCUGUAACGUGUAGAGGGUGGGUUAUCCCCACGGCACUUCGGUCUCAUUAGUUUGUUCUAUAGAAUUGAAUCAGAAAACUAGCUCACGACCAUAUUUAAUAAUUUACACAAAUGAAUAAUAUUUUAAUAGUGACAUUUGUUUACAAGAAUUUGUUCGAAACAAUUUACUCGGAAAUAUAUUAAUUCAAUGAUAAAAAUCCAUUCGUGCGUUUUUUUUCUAAAUAAAUGAAAGUUUAGCUUAUUUAAUAAUUCACAAUGAAGAAAAAACAUUCGAAUUACAUUUUACCAAAUAAUUAAAAUGUAUCUUACAGAAUCGUUUAACAACUCGCACUAUUUGAACCCCAUUUAAGUGUGACAUUGGUUCUAAAUUUUUUACUUUGAAAUCUAACUUAGAGUAACUUUAUUUAAUAAUCCAUUUAAAUGAAGUAAUCUACAGCUAUUUUUAAAAAUGUUCAAACUCGAUGGUAUUUUUUUCUAAACACGUUCAGACUAAAAAAUACAAAAUGAAAAAUGCACCAAGUUAUUUCAUUAUUCUAUAAUGUUAUCAAGUUCGCGCCAUUGCAUAGUAACGAUUGACGAUUUUACAUGAUAUGUUUUUAUUUUCAGUCAGAAAUGAUUAUAUAUUCUGGAAUGUAAAAAUCUCGAAAAUACCUCGUAAUUAUAGGUCUCCAGACCAGAACUGCUUUCAAAUCUAAUGUGAUUUUAAAAAUACGCGAGUUUUGGUCCAUAUUAGUGCAUAUAGUAUAAUCAUUCAAUGAAAAAUUUCUUAGUUACGUGGCCCUCGCAUGAUGAAAACUCUCUAAACUGUAAUAAUGUAAUAAUAAUAUAAUUAUUUAUACUCUUCUGUAAGUUUCCAGCAAGUGCAUUUCUUGUAUGUAAUACAGUAUUAAUAUUCUAGUUGUAAUUUUAAAAUAUUCUUUCAUUUAGUUAUUGUUUAUUGUUUCGUUUUUAAAUUGGAUGUAUAAAAAUCCAUGGAAAAAAUUAAUAAUAAAGGUUUACUUAUAUAUUC